GACAAAUACGUUGGUAUGGGGGAUUAUGUGGACAACCUUGAAGUAACGAGUGCUGACCAGGAUAUAACCAAUGCUUUCACGGAGAGCGGAGAAUACCUGACGACCGCUGUCGCCUCGUCUCUCGAACUUAAUAUCGGUGUUGCUAAUGUUGAAUCAGAUGUCACAGUGGAAACCUUCUCGGUCAAAAUCGAGGCAGAUACUUCUGGAGCUAUAAUUGAAAGCGUCGAAUUGGUGUUAUUGCAGGAGGAUGACACUACGUUGACAACUCUGACCCUAGAGCCUGUGUCCCUUACUGGGCCCACAUUCAGAAGUGUGACGGGCGAUUUCCCGGCAGAUUUUACAACUGGGAGAAUGCUUCUACGCACGGAGAGUGACAUAGAAACGACUUUCAAGUUAUCUGAGUUGCUCAUUAAGGCUUGUUUCGAACCAACAGGCACUACUCCGUCGCCGACAGGACCAGGAGUACCACCGCCAGGACCGACCACACAGGCACCAGGAGUUGGCACUACUCCGUCGCCGACAGGACCAGGAGUACCACCGCCAGGACCGACCACACAAGCACCAGGAGUUGGUACUACUCCGUCGCCGACAGGACCAGGAGUACCACCACCAGGACCAACAACACAGGCACCAGGAGUUGAAUGCGACAAAUACGUUGGUAUGGGGGAUUAUGUGGACAACCUUGAAGUAACGAGUGCUGACCAGGAUAUAACCAAUGCUUUUACGGAGAGCGGAGAAUACCUGACGACCGCUGUCGCCUCGUCUCUCGAACUUAAUAUCGGUGUUGCUAAUGUUGAAUCAGAUGUCACAGUGGAAACCUUCUCGGUCAAAAUCGAGGCAGAUACUCCUGGAGCUAAAAUUGAAAGCGUCAAAUUGGUGUUAUUGCAGGAGGAUGACACUACGUUGACAACUCUGACCCUAGAGCCUGUGUCCCUUACUGGGCCCACAUUUAGAAGUGUGACGGGCGAUUUCCCGGCAGAUUUUACAACUGGGAGAAUGCUUCUACGCACGGAGAGUGACAUAGAAACGACUUUCAAGUUAUCUGAGUUGCUCAUUAAGGCGUGUUUCGAACCAAAAGGCACUACUCCGUCGCCGACAGGACCAGGAGUACCACCACCAGGACCGACCACACAGGCACCAGGAGUUGGCACUACUCCGUCGCCGACAGGACCAGGAGUACCACCACCAGGACCAACCACACAAGCACCAGGCGUUGGCACUACUCCGUCGCCGACAGGACCAGGAGUACCACCGCCAGGACCAACCACGCAGGCACCAGGAGUUGAAUGCGACAAAUACGUUGGUAUGGGGGAUUAUGUGGACAACCUUGAAGUAACGAGUGCUGACCAGGAUAUAACCAAUGCUUUCACGGAGAGCGGAGAAUACCUGACGACCGCUGUCGCCUCGUCUCUCGAACUUAAUAUCGGUGUUGCUAAUGUUGAAUCAGAUGUCACAGUGGAAACCUUCUCGGUCAAAAUCGAGGCAGAUACUCCUGGAGCUAAAAUUGAAAGCGUCGAAUUGGUGUUAUUGCAGGAGGAUGACACUACGUUGACAACUCUGACCCUAGAGCCUGUGUCCCUUACUGGGCCCACAUUUAGAAGUGUGGCGGGCGAUUUCCCGGCAGAUUUUACAUCUGGCGGAAUGGUUCUACGCACGGAGAGUGACAUAGAAACGACUUUCAAGUUAUCUGAGUUGCUCAUUAAGGCUUGUUUCGAACCAAAAGAAAAAGUCUGCCGUCUUACUGCCGAAGCCUUUGAGGAACAGAUGGGCUCUUCCCCUAGCGGAUCAGCGUUCGGCUACAUCGAAUUAAAUGGAAACCCUGGGUUCAACGAUGGUGACGAGUUGGUCAGCCUUGAUGACGAAAUUGAAGAAAACAUGGUUGUCAAUGUGAUGUGCUAUAAAUGCGAAUGCGAAAAAAGGACGAUCAACUGCGAACCAGUCGAAAAUUGUACUACAACCUGCGAAGCCACGCCUUGGAGUGACUGGAGUGAAUGCAGCGCAUCAUGUAAUGGCGGGACACAGUCACGUGACCGCGAAGUGGUAUCCUCCAAUCCAGACUGUGACAACAGCGAGAAGGACUUUAGGCCAUGUAACACGCAGACUUGCGAGGAACCCCCGGAGUAUACACCUUGGACGGAAUGGUCAGACUGCAGCGCGACGGCCAACUGUGACGAAGGUGUGCGGGUCAGGACGCGCCAAUGCCAAAACGAUAUGUGCACAGAUGUCACAGACACCAUUGAAAUUGAGGGAUGCGUGAAUGGUGAUAAUUGUGAUGAUGAGAAAGUAUGUGACGAAGCUAUGGAAGAAUACGAUGAAUGUGCUAAUAAGAUCUGCGAAGAUGGGCCAACAACGUGUUUUGGCGAACAGUUUAACACCACAUGUGAAGAAAUGGAUGACGUCGAGUGCGUCCCAGGCUGUGCAUGUAAAAACGGACGUGUGAGAAAUGAAGACGGCGAAUGCGUUGUGCCGAAUCAAUGCAGCUAUUGUCUGCACCCUGAUGGUUCUCGUAUGGUUGAAGGGGAAAGAAUCGAGGGUCUGAGUCCGUGUGAAUACUGUAUGUGCUUGAACGGGGUAUACACGUGCGCAGUUGAAGAAACUUGCUGCGAGGUGGGCGAAUGGAAUGAAUGGACUUCCUGUGCGACAGACUGCGGCAGUGGAUUAAGAUAUAGAUACAGGACUACAACAAGCGGCUGUGAAGAAGGUUCCAAUGUUGAGGAGGAAGAAUGCGAAAAGGAACCGUGCAAAGUAUGUGUCCAUGAACAGAACUGGUAUGCAGCAUGGGAACAAAUCAACUCCACUGAUCCAUGCCUGGUCUGUUACUGUAUGGAGAACGGUGGAAUGCAAUGCAACGAAGAUAUCGACGCGGAUGUUGAUGGAGAUUGGUCUCCAUGGUCUUUAUGGCAGCAAUGCACAAGCGAAUGCGGCGAAGGACAGCGGCACCGGUACCGAUCCUGCAACAGUCCUGCCCCUCAGUGUGGCGGUAACGACUGCGAGGGGGCAGAUACAGAUUCUGAACCAUGCAACUUGCCGAGCUGUUGUACUACAUCCGAAUGGGGAGACUGGUCGCCUUGCACUGCCUCAUGCGACGGAGGUACACAAAUUCGCAGCAGGAAUUUCACGGACGCUGCCGAUAUCAACAAAGAAGAAUGUGAUGAUGUAGAUUUGACAGAUAGUGAAACGUGCAACGAAAACCCAUGCGACGAGGAAUGCACGAUUGGACCAUGGUCAGAAUGGAGCGAGUGUUCAGAGUCGUGCGGUGGCGGCAGUCGCACGAGGUCACGUGACACGACCUGUGAGGUUACUAAGGAGGAGACAGGGGGAUGCAACGAACAAGCUUGCAUAGAAUGCGAGGACACAGCGGAAUACAAGGAAUUCACCCAAUGCGAACAGAACACAUGUGAACGGUACCGCGCCGGCCAGGAGAGCUGCAGGGAUAACGGCACCAAGUACUGGGGAUGCGUGUGUAACGAGGGCUACCUGAUGAACGAUAACAAGGAAUGUGUUAAACCUACAGAAUGCAACAGCUGUUCGUACCAGGGGAUGACCUACGAGGAAGAUGAAGUUGUGUACUCGGAAGAAUGCAGCCACUUCAUCUGUGUAAAGGGUGACAUUGUCGAAACGAGCAAGUGCGAGAAGGACUUACAAUGUGGGCCUGGGGAAGUUCUCAUAGAAGGUAACGGUUGCUGUCCAGAAUGCAAACCAGCGGAAGAAACCCCAGACAAAUGUCAAGAGCAGACUAAGGAAAUACGCAUGGAAUACAAUAGUGUUGAGCACGGCAAAUGUGUGUCGGACAAAAAACAGAAAGUCAAGUUCUGCGGAGGUUCAUGUGGAAACAGUCUGGAUAUGCCUAUGUUGGCAAUGCCAGGGGAUAAGAGCUCUAACGCAAACUGCAAAUGUUGCUCAGGUGACCUUGGCGAGCGAAAUGAGGUCGAAAUGACGUGCGUACGGGAGGGUGGUGCAUCCACGAAGCACACGGCAUUCUAUCAGAACAUGACCAACUGCAAAUGUAAUCAGUGUGUCGGUGAGGAAACAACUUCACAGGACAUGGGAUUUCCAAUUAAACGCUAAAUAUGGAAACGAUUCACCCACUCGGAUUUGACUACCACGGACCGUUUAAUGGACUACGAGAUUUGACCACCAUCUGGGUUAAGAUAUGUCGGACAUCAACGGACGAUUGUUUGAUGACUAAAUUGGUGGACCAUCGAAAAAGGAACAUCAACCAUGCACAUUAUUUAUUCGGGAAAACACUGUCAUAGAACACUUAAAAAUAGCCAACAACACCUUUUAGAAAAAAGAAACACCGUGUCAUCAGAUGAAUAAAUUGUGGAAAAAACGAACACUGUCAUGAACAAUUAAGCACCCAACGAAAGCUUCGUAACUUAAUGAAUAACAACAAAUUAUUUGAAACAGUAAUAUUUAUGUCGUAAAAUUAUAUCUUGGCAUAGUAUCGAUUUUAUCGAUUUUGUUUUCCAAUCGGCUAUACCCGUAUUCCAAUAAUACCAACAAUACAAGCCAUAUAACUUAAGAUAAAUGUUUGUGAACAUUGUGUUUGUGCCAAUCUUUCUGUACCAAUAUUCAGAUUUUUUCAAGAAUUGUUAGCUCCAUCUGUGUAUUUUUUAAGAUGUUUUCCUAUUAAAUGAAGUCUAGUCAGUUUUUUGACAUUUUUCAUUUGUAUUCAUCCUGUUUCCAUAUCCUUAAAGAGCAUGGUUUAUUUUUGCAAAAUUUGUAACAAAUUAAUUUUGAGUAGAAGUCAAUGAAAAGUCCUAGCACUUAUGAUAAUUUUUUACCUUUAAAUAAAUUGUUACAUCUAUUGACGGUCGACUUUUUGAAAACCAAAUGACCCGUUUGUUACGUCAUAUUUAUAUUAGGGUGGUGUUUUUUUUCUUUCGCUUUUAGAUCUGAAAAAAUACACUGUUACAGACCAACAUAGAAUACAACUUUAAUGAACAUACCGGUGAUAUAUAAUAAAAAUAUCAAUCUUGAUAUUAUUCAUAUUAUUAUUAUUUAACAAAACUGGAUACUAUUUGUCUGUGUUAAAAUAUUUAACUUGUAACAUCGUUAUAAACUGUUCACUGUUCGUAGAAUAAACGCAGUAAGCAUUAACUAUU